AUGAUGGGUUUGUUUAAAACGGAGAGUGAAAAAAGUAAACAUUCAGACAAAAACGGAAGCCUGUUGCUAGAGGAGCUAAUCACAUCUUCAAACGGUAAAUACAAUCCAAUCCGAAUGUUUUCUUCUGACCAAAUUAUCAAAGCAACAAACAACUUCGAUGCAGAUCGUAUCAUAGCAAAAGAUAGAUUCACAUGGUACAAGGGUACUAUCGAAGAGCGGAAAGUACUCAUCAAGAAAUGGGAAGGAGAUAACGUCUUUUUCCCUUCCCCUGACAACGCUUACCGCGACAUCGCUGUUUUAUCUAUGAUGAGUAGUCAUAAGAACGUUUUGAAGCUGGUGGGUUGCUGUUUGGAGUUUUAUAAACCGGUCGUGGUUUGUGAGUAUGCGGAGAAAGGACCUCUAACUCUACAGCUUGAGGACAAGGACGGUGGUGUUCCGCUACCUUGGACUGCACGGUUAACCAUCGCCAAGGAGAUCGCAAACGCGGUGGCUUAUCUUCACUCAGCGUUUCCUAGGGUCAUAAUCAAUAGGGAUAUAAGCCCUCAAAAUAUAUUCUUGGACGAAAAUGGGACGGCGAAGCUGUCCUCUUUCUGUUUGAGCAUACCAAUCCCGGAGGGAAAAUCAUCUGUGAUUGAUGAUAAAGUAGUUCAUGGGAUAUCUACUGAUCCGGAGUAUAACGGGACAGGUAUAGUUUCGGAAAAGUUUGAUGUAUAUAGCUUUGGAGUUACGAUGUUGUUUCUACUAGGCGGUGAGUUUGGCCUUGUAUGGUUAUCGGCUAUCAUUGGGCAGAUUGGCUUCCCAUUUGCUCCUGCUUAUGCUGAAGAAAUGUGACGCGACCGCUUCAUGUACGUGAUAGAUUCGAGCAUCUUCAACGGUGAGAGUGAAGUUUCGUGUGUGCAAGUGGAAGCGUUCUUCGAACUUGCUAUGAGAUGCAUUAGGUUCUGGCCAGGACAUGACAUGUUUACGAUGGUUGAUGUGGCCAAAGAGCUUAAGGGAAUGGAAAAUCUUUCCUACACGUCUACUGAUAGCAAACAUCAUCAACCGUUGUCAGAAUUGCCUAAGCCGUUGAUCGAUACAAAAACUGUUUUGGGGAAAGGAAAAGGUAUAUUUUAUGAAAAUUGA